AUGAUCAGACAGGGUCGUAUGAUGAUUACGUUUGGUAAAAGUAAAUACGUGAGUUUUUAUUUGCAGAUCGUACCAGUGUUACUCACCAUUAUCUCUUCUUAUGGCAUGUUAUCGUUCCAUUCACAAGACGAUAUAUGGGAUAUGUACGCACCGUUAGAUGGCCUAUCACGCCUCGAAGAGCAAGCGUUAAAGCCGUUUGAAUACGCCUCCGGAUCUCACCAUUACAGGGUAAAUAGUAAAAGUUUUGUAGAAAAAAGGAAUGGGUAUGUGAUGAAGGCUGAUCUGAAGGCUAUAGCCUUCACCUAUCUGAAAGGUAAAUUUGAGUACCUGAAGAUGCAGAUUUUGGUUACACGAAAGGAUGGCGGAAAUAUUUUGACCAUACAAGGUCUUGAUGAGCUCUAUGAAGUGCAAAAAUUCAUCACUGAAAACGUUACCAUUACGGAUGGUAGUCAGGAAUACCACUACGCAGAUAUGUGUGGCGUCUAUUGCGAAGAUAGCAACGCUGCCAUCAUCUUGUUCCUUCAGGUGGGUUUCCAAUCGACAUUUACUGCAAUUAGUUCGGAUGGACCUAUGAGACUGACUUACCCCAAUGCUGAAGCUCUUCAGAAACGAGUUUUCCUCGGUUUUUCACUGGGAAACCUCACCUAUCGCGAAGAUAAUCCUGAUGAAGUCAAAGAAGCACGGCUGCUACUACUUCACUUCAUGGUCGACACAUCAUUACCCCAUGGAAAGAAACUCGCCGAAGCCUACGAGCGGAAAUUACAUCGAAUCUUCAACGCUUUGACAGAAACAUCGACACACUUCACUUAUUCAUUGCUGAGCAGAGAUCGAGAGAUUUCAGAGCAGAGGGCAAUUACUAUCACUGCCUUACCGUUUCUGGGUGUUACUGCUUUGGUGUUAAUUGGUUUCAUGUUCAUAACGCUUGUCGACUUUCCACUUUAUCGCAGUCAAUACUUGGAGUCAGUAGUCGGAAUGAUCUCACCAGCAAUGGCUCUGUGGACUAGCUCAGGACUGCUGUUUUGGAUGGGAUUCCCCUUCUCGAACAUUCUCACUGUUGUUCCUUUCCUCGUAGUCACUAUCGGCAUCGAUGACGCUUUUCUGGUUCUGGCUGGAUGGAGACAAUCAACAAAAGGUGCCUCACUCGAACAGAGAAUGGCUGAAUCUAUUUCCAUUUCUGGUGCAUCGGUAACCGUGACUUCUGUAACAGAUGUGCUGUGCUUCGCUAUUGGCCUGUUUGCCAACAUGCCUGUAGUACGACUGUUUUGUUUGUUCACAACAGUGGCUCUGUUUUUGGACUUUGUCUAUCAGGAUGCGAACCCUUCAAUUAGCGACAACAUGAAAGGAAAAAUGAAUGAAUCAAUGGUGUUCUCCAUCAUGCUUCCUUCGUUCACGCCACCAGUUCAACAGAAGAAGCCCAAAAAGAGUCGGCUCGAGCUGUUUGUUAGUAUUCUACAAACGAAAACCACAAAGAUCAUUGUUAUGCUGCUCUUCUUUGCUCACAUUGGAGUGAGCACAUACCUUGCUACCAAAGUAAACACCGAUUUCAAUAUGGAAAAUCUUUACCUGGAAGGAUCACCUCUCACAGAGAUUUCACGACAAAUGCAGGAUUUCGUCCUUCGUGAAUCGUUCGUAGUAAACUUUGCUGUAAAACCGAUGCCGGAUUUUUCUGAUGAAAGUACACGAGAACGUUUCAACGAAAUGGUCGGGAAACUGGAAACUCUUCCGAAAUACGGUUGGGGACCUGAAGCGACCGUUUUUUGGCUCAGAGAAUAUAAUACCACUAUUCAAUUCUGGGAAGAAGAAGAGGAACAAGAUUACUGGUCACCCGAAGCACUUUUGAAAAACUAUCGCGAAUACGGAUUGGAAGAGAAGUAUAUCAUCACUAAGAAAAACAAGAACGGUGUUGAAGUAAUGGAUGGUUUCUACUUCAUGAUCGAUUACCACAACAUGAGGUCGUUUUUGGAAGUUAUGGAAUUUAUGCGAAUGCGACGUGAUCUCCUCGCCUCCUACCCACAGUUCCAAGUGCUUUCUCAUCAUCCGUUCGAGAAAGUCCCAACAGAAAGUGCUGCCAGUGCACCGAAGAACUUCUUGCAGACUGCUGUAUCAGCCGUGAUCUUGAUGUCCAUACUGGUCCUUCUGUUUGUGAUGAAUUGGGAGGCGAUCAUUUCGGUGGUAGUGUCGAUCGUGUCCAUCUGCCUAGGUAUCGUCGCUUACCUUCAUUUGUGGGGUGUUUGUCUGGACGCUGUGUCAUUGAUCAGUAUUCUGAUGUCAGUCGGUUUUUCCGUUGACUAUUCUGCUCAUGUCUGUUACCAUUACUUUGCUCAUGCUGCUGAAGAGGAGCGUGAACGUAAGAACGAAGUAGAUUCGGUUGAGUCUGGUAGCAGUGGCAGUGGUAGCAGCCAGUCGAUUCAUAAACCCUUGAAGAAAUCAGCAAAAGAGGAUUCAGCCAGGCGACUACUGGCCACAUUCCACGGCGUCGGAUGGCCGGUCGUUCAAAGCGGCUUGAGUACCAUAAUCGGUAGACUACCAAAAGAGGGGAUCGUGAUUUCAGGGAUGUUACCGUUGCUGUUUGUAAAAGCCUAUGUCGUUGCUGUGUUCUGGAAGACGGUGUUGCUGGUAGGGAUCCUGGGCAUGUUCCAUGCUUUGCUUUUAUUACCGGUAAUUUUUCUGCUCACGGAGGAUGUGAAAAGGUUUUUCAAGAUUAGGUAG